AUGUCAUCUGUAACUCGACUCCAUCUGUUAAGUCGGAGCAUGUUGAAUGUCAGUUGCCAGCAGCAGACGCUCUGCAGUUCACUUCCCGCUGACUCUUCUACAGAGAGCCCCAUGGAGUUUGUGGGGCAACCGAGAGUUUCUGGGGCCUGUAGCCUCUUAGGAGUGCCAGGCCUGAGCUCUGUGGAUGUGGACGAUGAUGACUGUGAGGUGGUGAUUGGCAUCAGGCCCAAAUCUUCUCCUCUACCACGAAGAAGGAGCUGUGACAGUGACGAGGACUCUGAGUUUGAGCCACCUCCGUUGGGCUCCAGGAGAGUGUCCUUUGCAGAUGCUAAGGGCCUCAGUUUAGUGCAAGUGAAGGAGUUUGGCACUUGGGAUGAUCCAAUACUGCCAGUAUGUGACUCUUCUGAGGGCAAAGGUAGAGAUACAGAAGAAUACUUCUUGUCCCCUCUCACUUUCUCACUCCCAUUGUCUACUGAGGAGCUGUUUGUCAAAGUGCGAGAGCAAAAAGUGGAGUUGGAGACCAUCGAGUUAAUUCCAGGGACCACAGUACUGAAAGGGGUCAUCCGUGUCCUCAACAUCUCCUUUAAUAAGGCGGUGUACAUCCGAACCACCUUGGAUGCCUGGUCUAGCCACUUUGACCUCCUGGCAGAGUACAUCGGUUCCAGUGACAGUCUCAUGGACCUUUUCUCAUUUAAGAUCACCUUAGUGCCCCCGUUUGGGGAGCAGGGAGCCAGAGUUGACUUUUGUCUGCGGUAUGAGACUCCGCUGGGGACGUUCUGGGCCAACAAUAAUGACAGGAACUACGUGCUGUUUUGUCACCAGAGAGUUAAGGAGAGGAAAGAGAAACCACAGAAAGAGAGUAUGAACAAAAAGAGUUGCCUAAAGACUGCCAGUCAGAGUUUCUCCACUGUGGAAAAUGCUGCACCAGUGGAAGCUUCAAAACAGGAAAACAUUGCAACAGUUGUGUCAAAACGUGAAGGGAAAGCUGAUGCUAUGAAAGACGUGCAGAUUUCUGAUGGCCAGUCUACAGCAUCAGAGGAAGAGCGGCAGAAAUUACUGGCCGAGAGCAGACAGAACUGCAGCCGAAAGAGUCGCAGGAGGGCUGCACGGAUGGCUCGGGUGAGGGACUACUUUUCUCAGAAAAAUGACACUGGAAGAGAUGAAUCACCUUCAGAAGUAAAACAGGUCACUAUAAAAGAAACCUCAGAGGAAAAGCACUUAGAUGUGAGAUCAUUUACUGAAGGAAUCAGUAAAUCAGAAGCCUCUGUGUCACUGGAAACAUGCAGUGAACCCCUGCUUGAUGUUACACAUGAUACGUCACCAGACUACACGUCGAAUAGUGAAGCAGCGAAAUCUGAUAACAGCAGUUUUGCCGACUCGGCAACAUUAACAGGAGGUGAAAGUGCCACAGAUUUCCCAAGCAACCCCUCAAAUGAUGAGCCUGCUCCUGCAGAAAAUAUCAACAAGUCUGUGUCAAAAGCUAAGGAUAGCAAUGCUGCAGCUGAAGCAGCUGAACCAGCUGACAGCGAUAUUUCAGCAGUGAGCAGCCAUGUGGGCCAGACCAACAGCUUCACAUUUGGAACUGUUGUGGCUCCGUUGUAUCAUCAGGUAUUUGGCAGAGUGGGAAGUGAAAGUCAGAGCGUCUGUGAUUUGGGAAAUUCAGUACCGGAUGUUGGAAACUCAACUCAAAGUUAUCCUCACACUGAAAAGAGACAGACUAGCUGCACUUUGCCAACAAAUGUGAGAGAUAACAAUGACAAAGUUAAGGGAAAUGCAAUUGAAACUCAGGAGUCAGCGGCUGCAAAUAGUCCUCCCAUGAAAGAAGACGAAACAAAUUUGAGCACAACAGCAAACAAUAUCGUGGACUAUACAGAAACUCUGCAGGAUCCACUUGAUAUUAUGCAGUCAGACCAGAGUUGCAUGGUUCCCAAAAUGAUAUCAGGAGACACAGAGGUACAUCCAAAUACUGUAAAUGUUUUAAAUACGGAUUUGUUGCAUUCAAAAAUGCACAUAGCGAGUUUAAAUAUUCAGGUAGAAGAAAAGGAUGAUAAUCUAACCAAGGAUGUCCAACUGCCAGAGCAUACAUGCAGACAAACUAAAGAAGAUGAAUCAAUUGCAGACACUGAUGUCAUGACCAGCCCAGAAGCCUCAUUUAUGUCUUGUCAACCCUCUGAGAGUGUAUCAGAGCGUUUUAGUGAUGAGACAAACCAACAGAUCAGUGAUAGUGGAGCAAACCAUUGCAAAUGUGUACAGGAGUCAAACAAAGACAAUGUUGUUGGCAAAACAGCUUUAUCAACAGCCAAUGGCCUUUCAGAGGAAGAUAAUCGAUCUGCAGCUUUGAAUGUUGAGCACAUCAGUAAUUCAGCUACGAGGGAAACUGAGAAUAGCCACAUUUCUUGUUUUUUAAUUGUGGAGGAAAAUGAUAUCACAUCACUGCAGGUAUCUCCUGAAACUAAUGAUGUGGAGGACGGAAAUGCAGUAGUGAGCAACUUGUGUAAAGAUGAAUUUAAGACAGUUGAAGAGAUAGCUGAGUCAACACCUAAAGCAAUGAUAAGUAAUCACAUACAUGGUGAUGUGCUCAUGGAGCUGAAAGAUGAAGACGCACAAAAAACAGAGCAUCGUGAAAUGGAAGCUGCGGUGUCAAAACAGGAGGAUUUUUGUUUAUUAGACACCACUGAGGUCAAAAACUGGGAAAUGAUGGUUGAAGAAGAGGAGGGCAACAUAUUACCAGAUGGGGAGGAAUACAAGACAGAAAGUGUGGAGAAGGACCAAGGACAGCUGGACGACGCAGGGACAGAGACGACAUCAGAAAAAAGAGAUACAACAGUGACAGAAAAAGAGAAGACGGAGGAUGAAAUGGUGAAGUUUACUGCUGCAGGAGAAAAAGAGAACCAGGCUGAAGAUUCAGAUGUUUUAGAGGAAGAGCAGACAAUUGAAGAGACAGAGAUAAUGACUGGAGAACAUAUAGAGGAAGUUGAGAAAGAACUGGAAUAUGUUCAAGCCACAAAGAUAGCUGGAGAGGAAGAACUAUCUGAAGUAAUUGAAGAAGAGGAAAGAGAGGAACAAGAGAAGACAGAAACUGAGGAAGACAAACUCUCUACAGUCAUACAAGAGAUCAAUAUUGAAAGGAUGAAUAGUCAAGAGGGAGAGGAGAUAGAAGAAAGGGAAGAAAUUGAAAUAGACUUGAAAGAUGACUAUGACGCACAUGUGAAGUGGGAGUAUCAGAUAAAACCAAAGGACAAAAACUUUGAGGAGGAAAAUCCUGAAGAAAAAGAGGGCAUUGUUGUUGACAAGACAAGAGAGUCAGAGGUUGUAGAUGCAGAGUCAGAGAGCAUGAUAAUCGAGGACAGGGUGAAUGAAGCUGUGUGUUUUGAAGAGAGAUUAGGCAUCACACAAAACAAGCCUGAGGAUGGUUUAUUUGCUCCGGUGAACAGCGUGCAGGACAAGAGAGCAAUUGACAAAGACAAUACAGGAGGGCAAAAUGGACACAUCCCAAAUGAAAUGCAUCUUUACAAAUAUUUCCACAGCAUUGAGACUGUUACACAUGACCUAACAAGAGCUGAGAGUGAUGAGAGUGACUCCGCUGCUGCAGAAGGAAGUUCAUGCAUUUUGAGAGAUGAACCUGAGAGCGACCAAGAAAGCAAUGACAGUGCUUCGGCAGAGUCCGAUUCAGAUGACGAGGUGGAGUUAUACAUGCACUGUCUGAGGGCUGUUCAUGCUGGGGCUCAGGCCCAGAAAGACAGGAACAAAGAUAUAGGUUUCAGUGUGGGCAAAAGGCCCUCUGUGAGCAGAAGCAAACGGCUUUCCAUACCCAUGCCAUCAAUCAGUGAGUCUCUGGAUGAAGAACAACACCUUAGCCACCUUCUGGACAAUCAUGAAGACAUGGAGAUGGCAGACUUUCAACCCACAGUUGCAGCUCUGCCAGCGUCAAAUGGACAGGAGAGCAUCAAUAGAACCGUUUCAUGGUGGAAAGAGACUUUUUCCUGCAGCAACAUCUCAAAAACAUUGUUAUAUGCCACCUUCUUGGUGGUAUUUUUCGUUGUGGCCCACCGGUAUGAUUUUCUUGCCUGCUUUGGGCUCUAUUUGAUGUCAGCGGUUUGGCUCUUCUAUCAGGGAGACAGACAGCCAGAACAACAAAAACAACAACAGAAUCGGCUGAAUUAAAGUAAUUCGGUUGUGCAGCUGUCAGAAGAAAAUGUUGGCACUUAGCAAACCACAAAUAUUAUACAUUUGUAUAAUUCAUAAACUACAGACCCUUGUUCAAGACCAAUGAACAACAAAACUGGUUGUUUUUUAGUGACCGGUUGCUGUUUUUCCAUUAGCUUUUUAGCCCCCUCAUUUAGGUAUUUUUUAGGAACCUGUAGAUGUGUUUCUUGCAGCUUUUUAACUCCCAGAAGAUAGUGUUUUUAGCAACCUGUGGCUGCUUUUCCAGUACUUUUUAGCUCCUGAAUCUGGGUGUUUUUCAGUAUCUUGUUGCUGUUUUUCCAUCAAGAAUAAUGCCAUGAAAAGCUGUUUUUUUUUUUAACAAACAUUUAGACAUUGCUGCAUUUCCUACUGGGAUUGUAACACCAAAGCUGCGUAUUUUAAGCCCAAACAUGAUCUUUUUUUCCUUAUAGCUUAGUGGGGUUUGUGCCUAAACCUCACAGUGUUGUUGACACAUAAAGAAAUGUCAAGUUUCACCGUACCUUCUACAUAGUACCGUGCAAAAGUAAUUUACCCGUGGUUAGCAAAAAUGCAAUGCCAACAUUUUUUUUGACAGCUGGGUUGGUUUAUAAGUGAACUAGUCAAAGUUCUGAUACAAAGGCUUAGUAAAUUUAAAGCUCUCUUUCUGCAAUAUGCUCACACUACCAUUUCAUAUUCAUCUGUAAUCUUUGAACAAUAACUACACAAAUACUGAGGUUAGAGGAAGACAUACAACAGUGAACGAUAAUGGGCAUUGAUUUAAAGUAUAUAUGGCACAUAUCAGAAUAAAUGCUGUAUAUUCCCUAUGGGAGUAACUCUGUUGUCAAGAGUAUGAACCAAUUUUCUUUAUACUUUACUGUACAUAAAACUUAGUGUUAACUCAGACAACAGGCUAUAUGGA